AAAAUCAAGUUGGCAAAACUGACCACACCCAUCCUGGAAAAUAUAUUCUACACUCACGGAAACCCAGCACCGAGGAAAUAUAUGUUCCUUUGGACUUCGAUGUUGGAUGUUCUAUAGGCUGGACGCGAUGUCAGAUCACGAGGCCCGAUAUGUAGACACGCACAGGGCUGAGCUCAUCCAGAGCGUCCAGAGAGUGAUGGUGGUGACACGCAAUCUGCUGUCAGAGGGCAGGAUCAAUGUGGAGACAUAUUCACAGAUCAGGAGAGCUGGGACCAAACAGGACAGAAUGAGAAAGCUUUAUGAAGCACUGGAUGAAGGAGGAGCUGAAAUUAAAUCUGCGUUUUACGCUGCACUGAGGAAGUGUGAACCAGACCUUACUUUCCUGGGUUAUUCGUUUGAACCAGCUUGUAUUGCUCUUCGAAUUGAUCCAUUCCUGAAACAAGCCCAGUUUGUAGAUAGGAACAGGUCUGAGCUCAUCCAGAGAGUUACAAUGGUGAUGCCAGUGAUGGAUGAGCUGCUGGCACAACACGAGCUCAAUGAUCAGACAUAUACACGGAUUAGGAGAGCACCAACCAACCGUGAGCAAAUGACAGAGCUUUAUACCGCACUGGAUGAAGGAGGGAAUAAAGUGAAAUCUGCCUUUUAUUUUGCUCUGAGGAAGCAUGAACCACACCUGCUCUGUUACCUGGUACCUGUGAAGUGUCUUUCCCAGAAGAUGAGUUUGAUUCAGCUCUUGAGCUGGAGUUACAGCAUAACAUAUCAGAUCUCACAGAUACUAGAGUUAACACCAGAUAAAGUCCUCAUCCUCAUUGAUGGAAUUGAUGAGUUCUCAUUCGAUCCACAUAUUCAAAUAUCAUCACCCACUAAAUCAUCGCAGCAAGCUCUACCAAUGGACAUUCUCAGGAGUCUGCUGAAUGGACAGAUCCUGCCUGAGUCUUUCCUGCUGGUUACCACCAGAUCAGAUGCUGGUACAGUGAUGAAUCUCCUCAAGGGUCCUCAGCCAGCCACUGAGAUUGUGGGCUUCUCUGAGAGAGGGGUGCAGGAGUACUUCCAGAAGUUCUUUCAGGAUGAGCAGCUCUUCAGGAAAACAUAUGAGAGUCUGAAGACAAAUGAAAGCCUCCUGACUGCCUGCUCUGUGCCUUUGCUGUGUUGGAUGGUCUGUUUUUGUCUGAAGAAACACUAUACAGAUGAUGAUCAUGUGAUGAGAGAACUAAAGACAACCACCUCCAUUUAUGUGCAGUUUGUGUCCACUCUAUUGGAGCAUCAUGAUCAGAGUCAGUCUGUCCUCAGGAGUCUGGGUCAGCUGGCAGAGGAAGGGAUACUGGAUGAAGAAGUCUUCUUUGACAAGAAGGCCGUGUUCAAGACAGGUUUAGAUGCUGAAAGUAGCCUGUUCCUGCAUGAAUCUGAUAUUCAAGAUUUAAGGAAAAGAGCACUCAAGUUUAUGCACCUCAGCUUUCAGGAGUUCUUCAUGGCUCUUUAUUAUAUGUUUCUGAAUGAAGAAGAGUCCCAGAGGAACAUCAGAGACAUCUUAACUGCUGAGAGAGUGAAAGGUAGACUAACAAAUUCCAUCGCUUCAGUGCUUCUGUUUCUCUGUGGUCUCUCUAAUGAAGACUCAAGCAACUCACUCUUUGAAAAGCACAACUGGACUGUUCCUUACAUCAUAAGAAAAGAAAUGGAGAGCACAAUCCUUACACUUCAGGAUGAAGAUAAACUAUUUGCUCUCCAGUGUCUGUAUGAGCUCCAGGAUGAGGAGUUUGUGAGGAGAGCUUUAGGAGAUUGGGUAUCCCUGGAUCUGUCUAACAUUUCUCUGAGGAGCACAGACUGCUGGGUGCUGCUGUACUGUCUUCAGUGCUGUCCACACAUCAGAUACCUGAACCUCAUGUACUGUGAUUUAACAGCUGAGAAACUCAAGAUUCUUCAGCCAGCACUCUGUAUGUGUGAGACUCUGAGGUUGUCAGUGGACCAUCUGCCUGAAUUUGGAGAUUUGAUCAAGACUCUCUGUGAAUUCAAAUCAUUGAAGGAACUGAAAGUUCAGGAGGAUGAAUACAGUGGUGAGAGUCCCAGGUGGUCACUUGACCUGUCUGUUGCACAGGAAGAUUACCUGUUGUCUUUGAGCACCUCAGAGAAGAAUCCAUCAUUUCCAACAGUCUUAAACAUCAGUCUUACGUGUCCACAAUCAGAGAUAUCCAGCACUGACUGGUCACUCUUCUUGCAGAAACUUAGCAAGGCAGGACAAUUUGCUGAAGACUCUUCAGCUCUUGAUGAGUUUGUCAGUUUGCUGCUGUCUUCAUUUUACUUUGGCGGUCUGAAAAAGUUGAAUCUGAAGGUGGCCAGCUUUAAUGAGAGCUGGGCUUCUGGGAUAAUUUCUCUUGUCCAGACCUGCACCAGUCUACAGCAGCUCAGUAUUGAGGAAUACAGCGACAAUCCUAGAAGUCUCUUCUCAAGGUUCAUUGUAUUAGUUUACAAUGAAGACAUCAGGUUGGAUAUAAGGCAUAGACGGAACACUGAAUCUCUCUCAAAAAUCUCUCUUACUUUUCCACGCUCAGCGUUAAGCAGCUCUGACUGGAAAAUCCUCUUCCAGAGAUUUCAUGAAGUGUCUAGAUACCAACAAAAUUCUCCAGAGUGUAAUGAGCAAGCGGAUGCUCUGUUUACUUUCCUGCACUCUGUGUGUGAUCUGAAGAGUGUGGAGCUGAUCAUCUUCAGUCUGAAUCAGAGCUGGGCUCUCAGGAUUCUCGCUCUCAUCCAGGCCUGCAGCAGUCUGCAAGAAAUCUGUGUCCGUGCCACUGGUUUGCUGCCGGAGGUGGGACUCGAGUUACUGUAUGAAUCACUGACAGAUUCACACUGCUCUGUGAUCAUUGAAGGGCCAACCAUCUCUGACUCUGAACAGUCUAGACUGAAUCUUCAGCCGCUCCCAGUGUGUCAGUCUUGUGUUCACAUUGUUGACUCUGAUCAGUGGGUUCAGGUGGAGCCAUCAGUCUGUACAGAUGAAGGAGGCUCAGAGUUCAGGAUCAGCACUCCGGCGGGUCGAUUCGAGUGCAGCAGGACCAGAAUGCGAUGGGUCUGUGCUGGUGACGUCACUCUCCAGUACCGUGCAGUGGAUGGACGUUCCCUCAGAGCAGAUCUGGAGAGACUUCAGUGUGAGCGAAUUGGUCCUGUGAUUGAUGUGACGGUGAUCUCAGGGAAACUGGAGGAGGCCCAUCUGCCUCAUUACGCCUGUUUAGCAGAGUUGGACUGCUCUUUCACAGAAAGUGUAAAGGUCCUCAAUGUUGAAGAUGAUGGAUUAACCUUUGAAUCAGUGGAGUUGACACGUUUUCAUGCCAAAAUACUCCAGCCAUAUUUUUCUCCUAAAACAGUUCUUAUGAAACUAGGGAUACCAGUGAAAGUGCACUGUGAUCUACUUAUCUUCAUGACACACAAGAACCCCAUCAUUCUCCAUGUGUAUUUUUUCCCAUCAGAUUUAAUUUUUAAAGAAAAAAUUAAGGUUGAGGAAAAAUCUAGUCAACCAAUCAAAUGUCCAAGACCUGAAACCCCACUGCGGAUGAUGAAACAACACAGUCUUGAGGUUCCUGGUGCUUCUGUCCAACCCGAAGAGAUCAAAUUAAGAGGAGACAUCGAUCCAAACUUCUUUAAGGUCAAACAUCCUGUGGUCGAUGACAUCAAAAUGUCUCUCAGCCGAGUGGAUGAUCCGAAAUCAGUUUGGACUGCAACAAUUUGGAAAGAAGAACUAGACAAAACAAUUACAAGCAAAGAUGCGUCUAGUUUGUUCCAACAUGGAGAAAUGCAAACAAAACCACAGGUGUCUGUCAACUUUGAUAAAGUUAGGUUUUUUGAUAGAAAUUGGUGUGCUCUUAUUAAAAGUGUUAAGAAUGUGAACGCCAUUGCAGACAAACUGCUUCAGGAGAAGGUCAUUAAUGAAGAAAUGUAUUCUAAAAUCACACAUCUGACUUCAACUAAGGAAGAAAGCAUGAGAGAGAUCUGCAGCAAAGUACGUAAAAACAGUGUCAGUGUGAAAAAUCUCUUCAUCUCUGUUAUUCAGGAAGAGGAGCCCAGUCUUUUAAAUCAGGGGUGUCCAAGCCUGUUCCUGGAGGACCACUAUCCUGCAGAGGUUAGCUCCAACCCUAAUUAAACUCACCUGAACCAGCUAAUCAAGGGCUGUAUCCGAAAUUGCUCCCUAUACCCUCAAAUAGGGCAUUUGAGGGGACAUCCAUUUUUAGUGGUGUCCGAAACCAUAGUGGACGUUCUCGAGUGCACUCAUUCAAUCACACAAUGCACCACAAAAACAAGUGUACAACCAGUGCACGCUCAACGGCUAGAUAAUACCCAUAAUGCACUGUGAGCACUGAAUGAAUUCCUGCAUCCCACCAGAAGAUAGCGCCCACAGCUGAAUCAUCCAUCCAUUCAUUUUACAAAGCAAUAGUCCACGGUGUAAUACAGCACAGGUACAAAUUGUAAAUUGAUUAUUAAAUUGUUUAACCAGAGUCUAUAUAGGCCUAUAAUUUCCU